GCACAUGAAAACAUCUACACAAGUUUCAAUAUGCUGACCGUCUCGCGCAUCCUCAUGACGCCCGACAUCUCCUAUUUCUUCAUCCAGGUGUGGUCCAGGGGAAAUUAUCGCUUUGCUAGCCUUUGCUGGGAUGACUGAUCUGAUCGACAGCUGCCUGGCAUGCAAGUACAACAUGGGCACUGUUGUUCGGUCUAUCGUUGACCCAUUGGCCGACAAGUUCGUCGCGAUGACGCUUGUUAGCGCAUUCGCCUAUGUAGGCGGUAUGUCGAUGCUCAUGGCCCUCAUCAUUCCCGGAUGGGACUUUGCCCUUGGCCUCUCCGCGCUCUACUGGCGCUUGAUCUCACCGCCGACGCCUUGCACCUUUACACGUUUCUGGGAUCUCAGUCUGCCCUCUGCAUCUGCACAUCCUACAUCCGUGUCCAAGAUCCGGACGGGCCUGCAGAUUGUGCUUGUAAGCGCGUGCAUGGUUCAGCCGGUGUUGCCUGUCGAGAUUGCGCUCCCGCUAUGAGUAAAUGAUCGCUUCAAUCUACUCUUGUCUGGAGUACACCUGUACAGGACACAGUCAUGAUCUUCAAGCAGUGACAAGUGUGCUGCCGUGACUGCCUCUUCUUCAGUCGCGAGCAUCGGGCCGGAGCAGAGAUGGUCGAGAUCACAGCUCGUCGACGGCUUCUUCAGCUACAUACACCAGCAGACGAAGGCCAAUACGCAGAAGAAACUCGCGCUCAUCGAUGAAAUCAAGUCGUGGAACAAAGUCCCAGAGAGCGAGCAGGCAGAGCUCAUGAUCUCAGGUGUGCCCCACAGCUACGGCGAUGCGGGCCAUGUGUGUAUGUGUAUGCCUAAUGCACAGCUAGGCAGUUGCGUGCGUCCUGGCGUGAUUGAGGGUCGCGCUAUCCGCGCUGCACUAGCGCCACAUCCACCCUGACCACCGAGGGUCUACAGAGUGUCCUUUCUAGUCAACGCGACGCAGAUGAGCAAUCUCAAGACGCUAGUGUAUGAAGAACCCGCCAA